AUGGCCCCUGUCAAUGUUAACCCCACUCUCUCCGCGAAAAUGCUCGACUUGUUCCCCCCCUUCGGCUCCGAAGCCGCACUCAUGGGAACAGCAGAACACUAUGCCCGGCAAAUCCUCUCAUCCAUUUACCAUGACCACAAUAUUCUAGGCCACUUCCGGCGUACCGCGAACGCCGAUGACCACUCCAAACAGGUCUACGCCAACCAGGUGGCCAAUACGGUGGAAUUCAUGGAAAAGGAAUUUGGCAAUUACUUGGCCUCUGUAGAGUCCUUCAAAAAGGAACAUGGUGAGUUCCAAGCCCUCGAGCCUGACAACAGGUUUUUCUCUUUCGUUUCACAAAUCGGAUGGAAGAUGCUUGCCAUCUGUGCCCAUGCAGAGGUCUUCCGCCGCGCAUAUAGAGAGGCUGACUUCAGGCUCUGGGGUUGUCUUCUCCGGAGAAUCCAGGAAAACGCUCUCAGCAUCGAAAGCUAUGUGCAUAGCCGCCAACUGGACUGGACUAGCCUUAUUCAAAAGGUACGGGAUCCCAUCCUAGGUCUCCCAUCGGUAAAGGAAGCCGUUGAAAGCCGGUUGGACUGGAAGAUCGACCACCCCCACCAUACCGUUAUCACUCUCGAUGGCGGCCUGAGAGAGCCCAUCUUCGAGGGUCACUUGCAGGAACACAUUGAUGAGAGUAUCUAUAACCCCAAAAACUUCUCACGUAGCCGAUACCCGUUCGACCCCACGGCUAAGUCCUUCGAGAACUCGGAACAAGGCUGUUAUCUCUGCGGAAGCAUGUCUCCUUGCGGAUGCACCUUGCAGUCCCGGGCAGGAGAUAUGAUUGAGCUGACUGAAUACCCAGACAAGGGCGUUGGCAUUCGAGGGCUGGCGCAAUUCGAACGCGGUGACAUUCUUGAUGUAUUCGCUGGCGAGCUUCUUGAAGAACCCACUGACACUAUAUACCCACUGAAGCAGAGUGCUGACGGCGAUCUUCAUUAUGGAAAAAGAUAUGCCGAUGACGAUAUGCUGUGUUACGUUGCACCCCACCGAUAUGGCAAUUGGACUCGUUUCAUCAAUCACUCUUGCCAACCUUCAACGCAGUUCGCGGUCCGCACUAUUGGAGACCGAGUUGUGACCACAGUGGAAGCCAUCCGUCGUAUUAAUGCCUUUGAAGAAAUCACUCUGGACUAUGGUGAUGGUUAUUGGAUGGGCAGAGGGAGGAAAUGUGCUUGCGAAAAGAGGAUUGCUGACCGAGAGCUAUGCUCGAGGUCCAUCAAGUUCGGCGCACACUUUGCUAAGGUUGUGGCAGAAUGCGGAGACAGAACAGCUGUUAUUUCGAGACAUCAAAGCGAUCGAGUCACAUAUGCUUCUUUGGAUACAAGAAGCAAUGCUCUCGCCCGGGGAUUGGAGUCUGUGGGUGUCCGUAAGGGGGAGCGAGUAGGAGUCAUGCUUGGCAACUCAAUGGAAUACGCGGUGACAACAUACGCUUUGUUCAAAAUCGGUGCCGUUCUGGUCCCUCUCAAUCCGUCUUUCAAAGCUGCACAAGUUGUUGCGGCUUUGGGUCAUCUGGAGUCUAGCCACCUUAUAAUCAGCACAGAGUCUAAUCUUCCUCGCCAAACCCCACGGAGUAACAUUCCAUUACUCGAGGAACUUGUGGGAGACCUUUGCAACUCGAGCUUGGAGUCUUCAUUAGUCCCUUCACUAAAGCAGGUCAUUGUGGUCGACAACUCCAAGGGCCGUCUAGAAACAUCGUCUUAUAAAAGCUUGACCCCAUUUACAUCUGUUAUGUCCCAUCUUACCGCAGACGGGCACUCGCUUCCUCCACGAGAUCUGUCCCCACAUGAUAUUGUGAACAUCCAGUUCACAUCCGGGACAACUGCAAUGCCCAAAGCAGCAUGUCUUACCCAUCGCUCUAUUCUGAACAAUGGCUCCCAGAUCGGUGAUCGCAUGCUCCUCACACCGGAUGACAUCGUCUGUUGCCCACCCCCGCUGUUUCACUGCUUUGGCUGCAUCUUGGGCUAUAUGGCGACAGCAACCCACGGCUCGGCCAUUGUGUUUCCGAGUGAAUCCUUCAAUGCGCGCGCCGCGCUGAUGGCAGUCCAAGAAGAAAGAUGCACCGCGCUAUACGGUGUGCCGACCAUGUUCCUUGAAGAGCUCAGCUUGAUUGAGACGGGAGAAAUCCCCCGCGAGGGUUUCCAGCAUCUUCGGACGGGCAUCGCUGCUGGAAGUAGCAUUCCAUCUGAGAUAAUGAAGAAGCUGCACCGGGUAUUGAACUUGACUGAAUUGACGAUCUGCUAUGGUAUGACGGAAACAAGUCCCGUGUCGGCUAUGACGACCACAGAUGAUCCUAUUGAUAAGAGGAUCACCUCCGUCGGAAAGCUUAUGCCGCAUGUUCAGGCAAAGAUCGUAAACCCAGAGAACAAGGGCGAGAUCUUGCCUAUAGGGUCUCGGGGUGAGUUGGCUGUGAGUGGGUACUUGCUUAUGAAAGAGUACUGGGGUGACCCUGAAAAGACGGCGGAGGUCAUGAUUCCAGAUGAUACUGGCAAGGUUUGGAUGCAUACUGGAGAUGAAGCUGCCAUGUCACCAGAUGGAUACAUCACCAUCACCGGACGAAUCAAAGAUCUGAUCAUCCGGGGAGGAGAGAACAUCCACCCUCUAGAGAUUGAGAACUGCUUGCUCGCACAUGAUGGCAUUGCUGAUGUGUCCAUUGUUGGUGUUCCCGAUGUGCGAUAUGGCGAGGCCGUAGCUGCCUUUGUAGUAGCUCGAGAGCUAGACACAGAGACUAUCACUGCUGAGAAUGUUCAGCAAUGGGUACGCGAGAAGCUUAGCAACCAUCUUGUUCCAAAGCACGUGUUUUUCUUAUCGCCCUUGGAAUCAUUCCCGAAGACAGCAAGUGGGAAGAUUCAGAAGUUCAAGCUGAAGGAAAAGGCCAUUGAACUUUUGGCAAAAAGCGCUGCAUAA